AUGUCUAAAAUAUGGGAAAUUGAAUUAUUCCGACCCCUAUUAGAGCACGUCAAGGUGAAGGAUUUCCUAACAACGCAUCGUGGAUACCUUGUCUACAAAUUAAUCAACCAGUUGAGCAAUGAACUCAUCAAACAACGACAAUCACUCAGAAUGUCUAAAAUAUGGGAAAUUGAAUUAUUCCGACCCCUAUUAGAGCACGUCAAGGUGAAGGAUUUCCUAACAACGCAUCGUGGAUACCUUGUCUACAAAUUAAUCAACCAGUUGAGCAAUGAACUCGCUUUGGAUGCAAUGACGCUUCCAUCAGCCCAAUCAGUUCAGAGCAGAUUUGAUUUCAGUCCUGCUAGCUUGAUACACUGGUCACCUGCAAGUUGGACCCACUCGAAUAGGGAUCCCUCAGUCGGUGGAUCAAUGGGCGCUGACCAUGCCUAG